CUCAUGAUUUCAACUAUGAAAAAAAUUGUCAAUUUAUCCAUAUGUAUACAAUGUAUUUGUCCUUAUAUUUCAAAAACUUCCACUCAACAUUAAAGUGUACAGAUUGAGUAACAUAAUCAAUAUGGUUUUCUCUUUUUUAUCUACGUAGUUUUAUAUCUGUAGCACAAACAUUUUUUCACAAUGGGGCUCCAAGGAACUUAUCUCACUAAAUAACGUAUUUACCAAAUAUAUGUCUGUAUCUACACUGAAGUAAGUAAAGCGAGGAUCUAACCUGUAACCUACAUGGCGAAACCUGAGUGCUUUAAAAACUAAAUCACAACAGUUACUUUUGUGGCUAAGACUUUCCAUUUUAAUCGUUUUCUUUGAUUACUGUAAUCCAUUCGUGAAAAUAAUACUACCACAUACUUCACAGCAGUAAUUGAUGAAGAGUGACGGUUAAUGCUGAAAGGGGAUUUACUUUGCUCAUAGUUUUUCACUUCAUAAAUGGUUUAGUACAGUAAUAUGUAAUCGUUUAUCUCUACUUUAAAAAGGGUUGGAUAUUGUCUAACAGUGGGAUUUAUGACGCGCGUUUCGUCCUGUUUGAAAUUGUUCAGUUAGGUGUACGUGUAUCUAUAUCGAUGCUCACUCCAGGACUCGGGCUCAUUGAUAUUCUCUUCAAACGCUAAGCAGUUACCCAUUUAGUUACUGAAUCCACAUCCGUCAGUUUACGUAAUGGGAACAAAGUAUAAUUUAGUUGCAACCGAAUUAUUCAGUAAUAGUAUUUGAAUACUAUUCAUAGCUAGGAGUCAAACGAAUAAGCUGAGCAUUUUAUAAGCUCAUAUACAUUUUUUUGCUAUUCCGUAGGGACUGUAUUCAAUAUCGUCUCCGUGUAAUAAAACAGCGUCUUGAUAUUGUGAUUGUGUAUUUAAAUGCUUCUUUCAUUUAUUUUUGGAACCUUUUACGAUGCUUUCAAGUAAAUCGUCAAUAGUAGGUCAAUACUGAACUUUAAAAACGUUCUAUGUUCAAACGUCAUCAUUGUAAAAAAUUAUUUAUUUGAUCAAUUCUAGGUUCAAUUAAAAAAUGCUGCUCGGUGUUUGGAAGAAAGUUUAAUUCUUUUAGAUCAACAUUAUUCACCUUUGGAAAUUAUAUACGAUUGUUUUGUUUUUCAUGAUGGCAAUGAAUGGGUCGCUUGUAUAGAUACAAGUCCAUACAAUCCAAAUACAAAAUUGUCCGAUUUACCAUUAUUACGAGAUUAUACAGUUAACCAUGAAUAUGCAUCAUUUGGUGAACAAACCCAACUUUAUUAUACAGUGAAAAUUUUUGACAAUGGAAAGUUACUACAGAUUGUUACAAAUAACAGUAGUCAUGGCACUCAUGUUUCAGCGAUUGCUUCAGCGUAUUUUCCCAAUCAUCAUUCAGAAACUUCAUCUCCUAGUAGUGGAACUGUUACUAAUUCUACCAUGUUGUGCGAUCGUGAUGGAGUUGCACCUGGUGCACAAAUUGUAAGCAUUAAAAUUUCAGACAGUCGUUUAGGUCCAAUGGAAACAGGAAUUAGUUUAUUACGUGCCAUCCGAUGGACAAUUGAACUAAAAUGUGAUAUUGUAAAUUACAGUUUUGGUGAACAAGCAAUUUGGCCAAAUAUUGGACGUAUCUCAAAGUAUUUGAAUCGAAUGAUUCAUAAAUAUGGUAUCAUUAUGGUUGCAAGCGGUGGGAAUAACGGACCUAGUUUGGGUUCAUUAAGUUGUCCAGGUGGUACAGUUCAAGGUGUGAUUGGUGUUGCACCCUUAGUAUUUCCUGACAUGAUGCAUUAUCUAUAUUGCCAACCAAGUGAUUCAUCGUUUGAUUACAACUGUUUAUAUAAUAAGUUUUGUGAUAAUGAUUCUCAAUCAAACUACCAAUCGGAGAAUGUGUAUUCAACUUCUCGGAAUUCUGUGAAUCAUUCUCGUCUUAGUGAAAAUGCUAAACCAACUGCUUAUAAUUGGGGUAGUCGUGGUCCAGCAUUUGAUGGGGCUUUAGGAAUAUGUGUUGCUGCUCCCGGUGGUGCUAAUACGUCUAUAGCUAGUUGGCAAUUAAAACCAGCCAGUGUUCUGAGUGGAAGUUCAAUGAGUGCACCUAUGGUUACUGGUGGAAUUAGCCUUAUACUCUCCGGAUUGCGUCAUCGAUAUACAUGUUCUGAGAGUCAAAGGUUGAAAAUCCCACCAUCACUUAUUUAUAGAUGCCUAAUAAAUACUUCUAAAUCAUUUGAACAUUUAUCUUAUUUGGAUCAAGGUUAUGGUUUGAUGCAAGUAGAUAGAGCCUUCUGUUAUGUAGAUUGUCUCAUACAUAAAUUAUAUGAACGAAAUAAAGAAAUAACUAAUCUGUGUACAGAUUUCAAGAAUGUAAAUGGUGUUGAUCAUGUUGAUGAUAUAUCCUCUCCAUCAUCUAAUGUUGAAAACUCGUCAAUAAAAUUAUUACCUGUACCUGAUCCAUGUAUAAUGUAUGGUUGGCAUAUUCGAUUGACUGUUUCUGGACCUGGUUGUACACUACAAAAUCGUGGAAUCUGGUUAAGACGUGGUUGGUUACUUAGUCCACGAGCCGUGAGCAAUGGGGCCUCAUUACCAUUGUUACGGUACACCGUGAGUAUGAACAUUGAAUUUGACGAGUAUGUUCCUAUUGAUAUUCGACGAAACAUGGAAUUACAUCUAACUACAGAGGUAACUUCUGACCUAGAUAAACUAACAAAUUAUAAUGCUUGGUUACAAAUUGCAUCAAUGAUAACUAUUACAAGUACACCAAGAGAUAUUAACCUAGUUAUCGAUCCAAACCGAUUUAAUCAAUUAUUAUGUGAAAUAAAUGAGGAAAAUUCUCCCUCAAAUGAUGAAUAUGAUGCAACAAUAAAGAAAACACAAUAUGCAUGCAAUAAAUGUUUAGGAACUAACAAAAACCUUUCUAAAGGACUGCUAAAUCAACAGGAGAUAUCUUCGAUAUCAGAGGACAAAUUAACAUCACAAGUAUUUGCAGAACAACAACAUCAGCAGGCGCAACACAAUGAACUAUCAGGUUUUGGUUGGCCAUCAAAUCUAAUUUCUUCAAUUAAACAUCCUUUUCAUUCAUUGCCUGUUAAAUCACAGAAACCAUAUGUUAUGAUGCUUAGUUUUAAAGCUAUAAAUGAACCAGAAAUGGGCCGGUUAGCAGAUAUACCAAUAAUUGUACAUGUGCCACAUAGGUUACAUAGAGAUUGUUUUUCGGACCACCCACAUUUCUUGUUCUCAGAUAGAUUUGAUGCUAAAAAUAAAGUAAGGAGAUGGUUCAUUGAAGUUCCGUAUGGAGCUACUGCUGGGAUUUUACGUUUAGCACGGUUAGACGAUGAUGGGGAUAAAUCGUGUGAAUUUACAAUUACUAUUAAUUCACCAUGUAUUGGUAUGGAUUCGGAUAGUCAAGAAAUUCGAUGGACAUUUGUUGAAUUAAAUAAAUUUGGUCAAACUAAAUCAACUUUAAAACGCAAUGAUAAAUAUAAACCAGCAUUGAGUUCAGAUGAUUUCGACUGUGCAUCACAAUUUGGAUUUCCUAUUAAAUGGGAGACAGAUUGUUUAGAAUUAACUAUAGCACAACAUUGGGGAUUGGAAAUGCCAGCUAUUGUAAUCGGUGAAUUGUAUUUUCGUGGUCUUGAACCAAGUCUUAAAAACAUUGUAUUGAAUACAAGUGAUCGUUAUUGUCGUAUCGGUUUACGUUCUAAUUUUAUCAAUGAAUCAAUACAACCGGAUAUAUGGUUAACUCACUGGUGUUUACCUGUCAAGCCUCAUGAUUCGAAAUUUUUUUAUUUAGGUCAUGGAAUAAAUGAACUGCUUCCCAACGAUUGUGGUUCGUAUGCUCUACGUUUAACGUAUCGGUUUAGUUGUCCAUUCAAAACAGCUACAACCAUCAUUUCUUUGCCUUGGUUACAAGAUAUGCUUUAUACCAGUGAUUAUUCAAUUCAUAUAUUUCAUAUUUAUGAUAAUUGUGGCCGAUAUAUUGGUGCUGGUGAAUACGAUGGACAUCGUCAACAACGUCCGAAAUUUACUUUUAAUUUGCAAAAGGGUGACUAUAAAGUGAUUGCACAGAUUUGCCACGAAAGUGGUCCAUCUUUAAAACGUGAACCAAUAAAACCAUUAUCUGUCCCUUGUUCACCAGGGACUGAACUGUCGUAUGUGUUAAGUGAAUACAAGAAUGCUGAUUCUGCCGCGAUCAAUUCCACUUGGUCACCGUUACAAUCAUUACAAAACACUCCAAUAUUAGUAAGUUUUCGUUUAACUGGUGGAAUGGAAUUAGCUAGUGGUAAAAAAGGCGGUUCUUCUUUAACUGGACAAAGUGUUGUACAAUUUGAAUUCAGCUCAUUUCCUUCAUCACUUAAUUUGAACGGUACCAAAUUCUGUUCAGCUAUGGAUCCUUUAACAUCUGAUGCCAAACAAACUUCGAUGAUCAAUCGUAGUAUAUUAAAUAAUCAUUCAUCAAAUGCAAUUACAAAUGAUCAACACACAGAUAAUAUUGAAUCAAAUCGUUUUGAAUUGGUAAAGCUGUUACCAUGUCUUCCUAGUCGAGUGAACGCAUACGAAACAAUUAGUAUUUUUCUAGGUCUUACAAAUGAACGUUAUCCAACGUAUGCAGUACCAGGUUCAUAUUUUUCUGGAGCAAUUGGAUUCUAUGAUUCUAAUUUACUACAUAAUUUAGUGACUUAUCCAUUUCGUUUAAUCAUGGAUAAUUCAAACAUACUGUCUUCAAAACCUACUUUAAUUACAACAACGACUACUACUACUAAUACCGCUACUUCAUCACCUGUACUCCCCUCAUCCUCGGUAUUAUCAUCUGAUCAUAACAAUAUGAAAAUAAAAGAACUACCUAGAAAGUUAUUAAUCAGUUAUAUGGGUUUAAGUAAUGAAGAUCUGGAAUGGAUCCAAUGUUUCGGUGAGUUAUUCCUCUUCAACUCCAGAUCAAUUGAACAUCAAUAUAAGAAGAAUGAAAAUUCGCUUAAUAAUAAUCAUAAUAACGAUUUUAAGAAUGUAGACACAUCCCAUACAUCAACUCAUCAAAAUCAUCACAAAGAGAAAACAUACCAAUUGGAUAAACCUUAUGAAAAUAAUAAUACUAACCAUGGUUCAUCAUCGAAUAUGUGUAACAACUUGAUAGAUGAUGUGAAAACAGAUUUAAUCGGUGAACGUAAAGGAUGGUACGCUGAUAAUAUUCCAAACAAUGAUGUGAAUGACGUUGAACUAAAGGUAGAGGUUAAUAACUACACGAAAUCAUCACCAAACGAAUCAGAUUCACAAUCGAAUGAUCAUAAUACACUAGAUUCAUUGAAUAUCAUUGAAAAACAUGCUAAAAUCUCGACAAUACCCAACAAUAUUGACUUUAAUGUCAAUCAUUCAAAUAGCGAAACGAUAUGUGGUCAACAAACAUUAGGGGCAACAGCAUCAGUAGUAGUGAUAACACCACCGAAAUCCACCACGGAACAUAAUCUACCAAAUGAUAGCAAAAAUCAAACAUCAUCAUCAUCAUUCAAGGUGAAUAGCUAUAAUUCAGAUGAAUUCAGUACUAUUCUUUGUAAAAUUCAUGUAGAUUUAUGUUCAUUGGAUAAACCAUUCAUAAGUACCUUUGACGACGAUGACUUUAUUAAUAUUCAUAAUAACAAUAACAACAACCAUUGGUAUACUAAUCUAUGCAUGCUUUUAAAAGAACGUUUCAAACUAUGGUAUGAUAUAGAUUGUUUAAUGAAUGGUCGAUUAAUAAAUUCCGAUGAAACAUUAAACCUGUUGAACAAAUUUUUUGAAUUCUCAUCAAUGCCAACUAUACAAAAGACAACGCAAUUACAUAGUUCAAACGUUUCAAUCAAUUAUUCGGCAGUGCCUACGAAAGAGAAUAAUUUGUUUUAUCAUCUAUUGAAUGCUUCUUUACCGUCUAGUAAUAAUAAUAAUAAUAAUAAUAAUAAUAAUAAUAAUAAUAAUAAUAAUAAUAAUAAUAAUAGUAACUCAGUGACACCUAUGAAGAAGAAUCCUAAGAUCAACACUUCAACCACUACUGAUGGUACAUGUGUUUUUGCAAGUUCAUGUAGUAAUCUAUCAUUGAAUGGUGAAUGUACACUAUCCUCUCCUUUAUCAUCACGAUUAGAACUGUGCAAAUCUGAUUCUUUGUGUAAUCUUCUUAAACCUGAACCUUCUGAUGGGUGUGUUGUAAGUCAAUCUAAUCGAGGAGUAGCCAAGUCUGAAAACAAAGAUAAUCCAAAACCCUUCGGAAUGAAUUUAAAUGAAUUUAAAUUACGUCUUAUCGAUGUACUAACUCGUUAUGGUCGUCUUAUUGCUGAACGUUUAAUUUGUUUAAAUUAUAUCCAUAAUCAAUUGACUUAUUCAAAUCAAUAUAAAUGGUCAUUAAAUAACUUUAUGGAAUCCAAAUGUAAACUGAUGACAUCUUCAAGUCACGAACUUAGCCAACAAUCAUCAUCAUCAUUAUCUUGUUUUGAAUUAGUUCAAUAUCUUGACAAGAUUUAUGAACGUUUAAUUAAAUUAACUAGUCAAACAGCUUUAGGCACUGAUUCUAUUGGAUUCAAUAUUCAAUUAGGUAAUCAUGCAUUACCUGGUUGGCUUCUUUUAUCAACUGAUUUUAAACAGAAUAAAAGUGAUGAAAAUUUAUCCGCUAUGAAUUAUGGUUCAGUUGGUGGACGAUUAAUUACAUUUUUUAUUUUAUAUAUGAUCAUUAAACAACAAUAUGCUGAAGCUACUUAUUAUUUUAUUCGUUUAUUAUAUCAAAUUGACGAACCUCCUGUUGGAGCAUUAAAAGGUAUUAUUAACUGUUCAUUUCCAUCUUCACCUACAUCUUCAUUUGGAGUUCUACGUCAAUGUCAUGCUACUUUAGAAAAUUCUUUAGAGAUAGCUAAAUCAACUCUUCCUUGGUUAACAUGGCUUCUAAAACAAAUUGGUUGGUCUGAUUUAGCAGUUUACUUAAAUCAACAAGCUCCAAUCUUAUUUCCUCAAAGAGACUAUAGUCUAUUAGGUGAAAACAAUUAAGUGAAUCUAUUCAGCUAUAUAUAUAUAUAUGUAUAUGUAUGUAUAAAUUGAUAUAUAGUCUUUCAAUGAUGAUGAAUUUUUCAUACCCUUAUCAUUUUCUGUAAUGAUUGUAGACUCACGAUAUGAGUUAUACUUUAAAAUGUGUCUUAACAACAAUGUCUUGGGAGUUUUUUUUGUAGUUUUUUUUUUAAUCAAGCGUUUACUUUAAUGCAUUCUUAUAUUGUUUCCUUCCGUUCUUAAAAAAAAGGGGGGGGCAAAUUAUUCAACUAUAACUUAUCACCAGUUGAAAGAUCCCCAUAUAAUAUAAUUUCUCAUUUGUUAAUUUUUGUGCUGAUUUUCAUUUCAAGUUUUUAUUUUGUUAAGAAUUCUAAAAAACGAAACUGUACAAUCAUUAAUUAUAUUUCUAUUCUUUC